UUUAAGGAGGUAGUGUACUAAAUCUUGUCCUUUGUUUAGGAAUAGCAGAGAUGCUGGUUUGAUCAGUUAGGUUAAUCUACCCCUAGAAGCCUUGUUAUCCUUAUAGUGUUCUUCGAAACACAAGAAAACCAAUUUUUUUGUAAGAUGCAUUUGCAUUUCACAACUCUGUUUGCAAUAUGCUCUUUUGCACAGGUUUAAAAUGAGCCUCACAGACAUCCUAAGCCCUUCGGAUAUUGCUGCUGCUCUGCGGGACUGCCAAGCUCCAGAUUCCUUUAGUCCCAAAAAAUUCUUUCAGAUCAGUGGGAUGUCUAAAAAGAGUAGCAGCCAGCUCAAGGAGAUCUUCCGGAUCCUCGACAAUGACCAAAGUGGCUAUAUUGAGGAAGAUGAGCUCAAGUAUUUCCUUCAGAGGUUUGAGUGUGGAGCCAGAGUGUUAACCACCUCAGAAACCAAGACCUUCCUGGCAGCUGCAGAUCACGACGGGGACGGGAAAAUCGGGGCUGAAGAAUUCCAGGAAAUGGUGCAGGCUUAGAGAUUCAAAAGGACCAAACAAGAUAGAAUUGGGAUGAAUCUGCACAAGACAUUCCAAACCCUUGAAAAUCAGAAGUCCCUUGUUUAUCUUGACGGUGUCUGUUAUUUGUUCAUCGCCUUAGUAACAAAAUGAAACACUGAUUACUGAUUUUUUUCAUUGUGUGGACCACUCACAUUGUUCUAAACUCUAUUUAGGAGACACUUCCCUUAAAAAUACCCAAUAAAAAUUAAUCAUAUACUGUA